CCGAGAGAACUGUGUGCCAGCAAACCACCUAAUGAAGAAGCAGGGGAAGCUGUGUGAAUCGGUAGCUUACUACCUAGUUAUUUCUGUGAACGCAGGUUAUAUAGGUUACAACUGUAAGUUUUAAGGAAUUGUGAGGAGUCGAGUUUUUCCACAACGAAAACGUUUCGUCAAUAAAAUAAAAUGCCAAAAAAGAAGACCGGUCAGCGGAGGAAAGCUGAGAAGCAGAAACUCCGGCAGAAGGAAAUUAGAACUGCGAAGGAACAAAUAGAUUUGGCGAAAUUUCCUUGUAAUUCGGUGAUGGAAUGUGAUAAGUGUAACAAGAAGCAAAAGAGCCGUGCCUUCUGUUACUUUUGCCAAACUUUACAAAGAUUACCCAUGUGUGCGCACUGUGGCAAAAUAAAAUGUAUGUUGAAAACAGGAGAUUGCGUAGUACGUCAUCCCGGUGUCUUCACCACGGGACUAGGAAUGGUGGGAGCCAUAUGUGAUCACUGUGAAGCCUGGGUUUGUCAUGGAAGACGGUGCCUCACUACUCACGCUUGUAUCUGCCCGCUGAUAGAUGCUAUUUGUCAAGAGUGUGAAAGAGGAGUUUGGGAUCAUGGUGGAAGAAUAUUUCGUUGCUCAUUCUGCAAUUGUUUCUUAUGCGAAGAUGAUCAAUUUGAGCAUCAAGCAUCUUGCCAAAUAUUAGAGGCUGAAAGUUUUAAAUGCCAAUCAUGUAACCGUUUGGGACAAUAUUCUUGUCUCAGGUGUAAGACAUGCUAUUGCGAGGAUCAUGUUCGUAGGAAAGGUUUUAAAUAUGAGAAGAAUAAAGCCAUUCCUUGUCCAAAGUGUAGUUUUGAAACAUCACAGACUAAGGAUUUAAGUAUGUCCACGAGAAGUCAUAAGUUUGGCAGACAAAAUCAAGGUGGUCCAUCUGAGUCUGACGAGGAAAAUGGAUAUAAUUCUUAUAGAAAUCAAGAAUCUUGCUAUGGAACCACUAGUUAUGCUAAUAAUGACGAAAAUAAUGAGGAUGAUGAAGACGAUGACGACGAUUACGAUGAUGAAGAUGAAUACGAAGAUGAAGAGAAUGACGAUGACGAGUUAUCGAGUGAAGACGAAGACAAAAAAAACACUAAAACACAACGAAUUUCGAACAGUGACAAGAGUAAAGUUUAACAUAUAUUUAAGAAUAUAUAAAAUAGCAAUAAUUGAUAACAAAAUAUCUGUCGAAAAAAAUUUAGAAACGCACAUGUGGAAUAUUUAAGGAGAAAUAUAAAUAUAUUCGGAAAAGAGAAGGGGUAACUUAAAUAUUUGGUAAAACAAGAAAUUUACUUUGGUAAAUUUAAUUAAUAUGUAUUUUUAUAUAUUUAAUGAGCACAUAUUUAUAGAUGUCUAGUAAGUAACUCUUAAAACAACCAUUAAAUAUGAAAUAAUAGUUGACUGAAUAUUGAAAAAGUAUACAAAUAGCAAUAAUCAAAAGAUAAGAAUGUCUGUGAAGAAAUAAUAUCAUAUUUAUUAUGCAUGGAUUUUACGAAAUUUAAAAUAAAAACGUUACAAAAUCAACAAUAGCAAUAAUCAAAAGAUAAGAAUGUCUGUGAAGAAAUAAUAUCAUAUUUAUUAUGCAUGGAUUUUACGAAAUUUAAAAUAAAAACGUUACAAAAUCAACAAUCAA